GCCCGCUGCUUCCCUCCUCUCCUCUUCCUCCUCUUCUUCCUUCACUUCCUGCCUGCUGUGGCAGUGUUGUGUUUGCUGUCCGCCUGUAAACAUGGCUACCGCUGGAGCAGCUGGAGACGACCUGAGGAAAGAGCUCACAUGUGCUAUCUGUCUGGACUUCUACAAAGACCCCGUUAUCCUGAAAUGCGGCCACAACUUCUGUCGGUUCUGCAUCUGCAUGCACUGGGAUGAAAAUGGCGGAGACUACGGGUACCAGUGUCCUCAAUGCAGAACGGUGUUCAACAAGAGGACCUUCACUAAGAACUACCUGGUGCAGAACCUGGUGGCCAAACUGGACGACCUGGAGUGUCUGGGCUCUUGUCCUCCACCCACCAAGCCUUCUAAUAAAGUAGAUGGGAAGUGUGACCAACAUGGAGAGGAGCUGAAACUGUACUGCCAGACUGAUAAAAGGCCCAUCUGUGUGGUCUGCAGGGAAUCUAGAGCACACAGACACCAUGAGGUCGCACCCGUGCCAGAAGUUGUGAAUGACAUGAAGAUGGAGUUGAAACUGAGGCUAAUGGAGCUCAACUGGCAGAAGUCUCAAUGUGUAAAGGUUAUAUCAGCUGAUGAGCGCACCAGAAGUGAAGUGAGGUUGAAGAAACAGAGACUCAAGGAGAAGAUUGAGGCGGACGUCGGUGCCUUGGUCCAGUUCUUGCUCGAUGAGAGAGACUCCCUGCUUGAGAGCCUGGACGCUGAGGAAGUGGCCACCAUGGCCGUCAUAGACGAGAACCUGAAGAUUGUGGAGACAGAGGUGGCAGCUGUGGACAAAGCUAUAGCUGAUAUCCACAGCCACAUCAGUGGGAAAACAAACUUUGAGAGCUUGGCUGAGACGUUCAAUGAAGUCAUCCAUUGCAAGCCUUUCGAAUCUAUGGAAACGGUUAAUUGUCCGACUGAAUUCACAGACUUCUCAGGGCCCUUCCAGCUUAUCAUGUGGAAGAAGAUGAUGCACGUGCUGCAUACCAUGCCUCAGAACCUCACCUUAGACCCGGACACGGCUCACCUGAACCUGGUCAUCUCAGACUUCGACACCAAAGUGGAGGAGGGCCGUGUUCGUAACCAGGAACCGGACCUGCCAGCCCGCUUCACUCGCUUCUGUGGUGUCCUCGCCACAGCCCAGUACGCCAGUGGCCAGCACUACUGGGAGGUGGACGUGAAGGACAAAGGUGUGUGGUACCUGGGAGUUACCACCGAAGGCAGCAACAGGAAGGGCUUCGUCAGCCUCACUCCCUCCUCGGGAUACUGGAGCCUGUCUCUGCAGGACCGGCUGUACGCCAACGGAGAGGACGGCCGCAUCCCCGUCGCCGACUACUGGAACUCCCCUCGGGUCGGCGUGUUCCUGGACUACGACAACGGGCGCCUUAGUUUCUACGACGCCGUCACAAUGAAGAGAUUGUACAUGUUUGACACCUGCUUUGAAGAGCCCGUCUAUCCUUUCUUCAGCCCAGGGAAGAAUGAUCCAUGCAGCAGGCUGCAGAUAUGCCACUAUUACUGAGAGCGCUGUGAUGAGUGUUUAAAUCUACUUAUUUAAGGGUAAACUCAUGCGUUGCCAGUGUUUUCAGAUUUGCUGGUUUAUCUGAGACCAGGCUGGAGUGACAGGGUGACCCUUACUUGUUGGUCUCGCUGGUGUUAGAAAAUAAGUUACCAGGUGUCUCGUCACAGCUAUAAUGGAGAGCUUAAUUUUUUCUCAUAUUUCGAGGUUUAAAAUUUGUUAUCGUCCAACCUAGACACACACUGUAGGCUUAUACCCCUGACUAUUGUGGCCGGGGGUUUGGAGAGGUGCUUUGUUGUCUGAAUCACUGUGUCUGCUGGGAUGCAGAUGCUCUUGUUGAUUAGAGCACCUCUUAUCCUAUUAGCAACCACUAUGCCAUAAGUACAGACAUUAACUCAUAUUGGCUGUGUUUUUGCCAAGCAGGGUCAGUGCCGUUGCCUUGUUGGGUAGAACUUGAAGUAAAUAUGACAUUGUUAUCACAUUGAUAGUUGUUGACAGUUAAGAUUCCCUCAUUAAUUUUAGACAGAACAGUCCGUUCAGUGCUGAUAUUUAUCAGGAUUAUUUGACUGAAAUUGGCCAACUUGUACUGGGAUUUCAGCUCCCAGACAAAUAAUUAGACUUCCCAGGAAGGAAUGGCUCGGGUUGUUUGUUUUGUGAACGUUAAUUUUAUCAUUAACCUUUUUAAAAUCGCCUUUUAUUUAUCCUUUUUUAACACUGUACAUUGUUAACACCUGCAAAUUCCUCUGUAUAUUGCUCUUGAGUCACAUUUUUGCAGCUUCUUUUUUUGUGAGCAGUAAUACUGAAGGCAGGAUGUUGUAUUUUGUUUAGAGGUAUUUUAGAAAUAUUUUUCCAGUCUGCUUGAAAAUGAGCAGCAAAGCUAAACAAUUUUCAAAUAUUCAAACAGCAAAUUGUUAAGAUUUAAAGCCAUGUCCUCCAGUAUGUUGUCACUUAACGGGUAGACAUUUAACAGCCUGGUGGACUUAACUAAAAUGUGAACUUAUGGAUGUAAACCUGAAUGAAAGUUUUAUUACAUGUUUUUUUGUUUACUUAAUUCUAUUCCUUUAAAUAAUCCUGCUUUAGGUUAUUAAUUACUAGCUGUUGAGUUGGUCCUGACGUGUUUUUAGGUCUGUUAUCCAACUCGGUCCAGUGUGAUUUCAAUUUUUCAUUAUUGAUGUUGAAUGUGAAAAUACAUGUAUCUGGACAAUUCUAUAUAUUUUUUUCCUUCCUUCAUAAACUUAUGAUUUUAAACAUUGUUUUAUUUGAGAUGAUCUUUAUGGGUUAUUUUUUUGCUUGUGCAGUUAUGGACCUGCAAGUGAGGUGUUUGCCAUCUUACAGGGUCGUACGGUGAUAUUUUAUUUUUUCAAAUGAUCUUAUUGAGGAGCUUAGUAGAAACAUUUAACGGCAUGAUCAGUGAUAAUAUUUGUGAACGGCCUCGCUACAGCCAAUCGCAAGUUGCUCCUUUUUUUGUGUUUAUUUUCAGACACCUAAGAUGUUCACGUGUUAGGACAGCAAAACUCUGUGCUCUUUAACUUUGAUUAUUUGCUGAUAAAUGUUUUGUCUAAGAUGGUUUACCUCAUUUAUACCUAUACAUACUUUUCAUUGCUGAUUUUCAUUCAUGUAUUCAGCUUAGCAGUGUUCGGGCUGUGUCUUGAUAAGAUGUGAGAUACAGUUAUUUUGGUAGUCCCUGUUUGUAGCCCUUUCACCUGCUAUAAAUGUGCUUAGUGUUUCUCAGACUUUACAAUAAGAUUAAAAGAGGAAAAAGAA